GAGAUAUUUCAGUCUGGACCAAAGCGGUGGACUGAAAGGCUAAAGGACAUUGCCAGUUAGCCAGUUAGCUUUUUCUAUUAGUUAAGUACAGUUAGCUUUCUUGAACUGCAGCUUGAGACACUUGGGCCUUUUCUUCAGAAGACAUUUUCACACAGGAGGAAAGGCACUGGUGACAAUUAAUGAUGGCUGAAUUCUGUUUAGCUGCUUCAGUCUCAGGGUCCUGGUACUGUGCAUGCCUCCUCGCCGUCACUCAAGAUAUUUCGCAAACCUUUAUGAGCUUUGACUACAUGGAAGUCUGGCUACACAUCCACAGCUGAUUACAACUGAACAGACUCAUCUUGCCUCUUUUCUACUGUUUUUACGUUGGAGUUACUACACUUGUUAUUAGCAUUUUUCUCCACUAGAUGACACCAACGGUCCAUUAGGAUCUCCAACUGUUUGAACAAGUGGAGCUGCACCAAAUAUUCAGUAGUUUUAUUCAAUAACACACACUUUCUGCUUUUCUCAUGCUGUUCAAACCUCAUGUACUGGUGGAAAGAGAGAGACAGAGGGGGCCUAAUCAACUAAAGAUGAUUAGUGUUUGUUUCUCUUAACUAAUUCCCUUUGAGGAAGUGAUUUUUAAAGAUGUUUUUAAGUAAACAUCAUCAUAAAUGACCAGCAUGAAGUCUGUGAGGCUCCGGGAAUCCAACAGAGACAAACUGACACCACCCAACCAGCUGUAUCAACGGUUUUUAACCUUAAUCCUGUGAUAUACACAGGAAGAAGGAAGUUCCAGUUGAGGCUUUUCCGUUAUUAACAGCCCACUCAUCAGAAAAACCACAAAGAGAUACCUUUUAAUAACAGGGACGGAUUUAAAGGCUUUUUGACAAAGAUUUGUGUUUCAGCUGCAGCAGUAGAAAUGGCAGAGAAGAAGAGGAAGCGAUCCAGCUCCACCUCCAGCUCCAGCCAGCCAAUCGGCUCCUGCAGUGAGCUCAGUUGUGUUUCAGCUGCAGCAGUAGAAAUGGCAGAGAAGAAGAGGAAGCGAUCCAGCUCCACCUCCAGCUCCAGCCAGUCAAUCGGCUCCUGCAGUGAGCUCAGUUCACAGAUGAGUGGAACUGAGUCCACAGCUCCCAGUGUUGUCUCUAUGAAGAGUGAUGCAUCCAUGGGCCAGCCACUCAACUUUGGUGCUGAUAAGUUAAAACGUUUACACUUGGGGAGAAAGUCCACAGCUCCCAGUGUUGUCUCUAUGAAGAGUGAUGCAUCCAUGGGCCAGCCACUCAACUUUGGUGCUGAUAAGUUAAAACGUUUACACUUGGGGAGAAAGUCCACAGCUCCCAGUGUUGUCUCUAUGAAGAGUGAUGCAUCCAUGGGCCAGCCACUCAGCUUUGGUGUUGAUAAGUUAAAACGUUUACAGGUGAGUGGAACUGAGCCCACAGUUCCCAGUGUUGUCUCUAUGAAGAGUGAUGCAUCCAUGGGCCAGCCACUCAGCUUUGGUGUUGAAAGGACACAAAGCCAGCUGACUGGGGAGCCGUCCAGCUGUUCAUUGUGUGAGGAGGUUUUGACGGAUCCAGUCCAAUUAAUCUGUGGACACUGGUCCUGCAAACAGUGUGAUUUACCAGCAGACUACCCCUGCACAAAGUGUGGAAAGAGACUCAGAAAAGAUCCCAAACACCACACUGGUGACAGACAUCUUUUGACAGCACAGAAGAAUCUUAAAGAAGUAAUGCGAAAUAAAUUUACUUUGACGUAUGAAGGUAAUGGCGACCAACAGAGUUCUCUGAACAGCAUCUACACAACACUCUUCAUCACCACUGGAGAGAGUGAAGGGCCACAUGAAGAACAUGCGUCCAGACACAUUAAACAUAAAUUGGAACGACGAUCUUCUGAACAAUUAGUCAACCUCAGUGACAUCUUCAAACCUCUGCCUGGCCAAGACAAACCCCACAGAACAGUCCUGACAAAGGGUGUUGCCGGCAUUGGAAAAUCAUUUACUGUGCAGAAAUUCAUUCUUGACUGGGCUGAGGAGAAAACCAACCAGGACAUUGAUUUAGUUUUCAGUCUUGCUUUCCGAGAGCUGAAUUUGAGUAAAGAGAACAAAAGCUUGCACAAGCUCCUGACUGAAUUUCACCCUGUGCUCCACGAUCUGAAAGAUUCAGAGGAUUUCGUCAAAGCCAGAGUCCUGGUGAUCCUGGAUGGUCUGGAUGAAAGCAGACUUCAAUUGGACUUCGAGAACAAGCCGGUAACAUCUGUCAGUGAAGUAACAUCUGUAGGUAAUCUCCUCGCAAACCUCAUCCAGGGUAACCUUCUUCCUAAUGCUAACCUCUGGAUAACAUCCCGUCCAGCAGCAGCCAAUCAGAUCCCUGCAGAGUUUAUCGACAUGGUGACGGAGAUAAGAGGGUUCAGUGACCCACAAAAAGAGGAGUACUUCAGGAGGAGAUUUAGUCAUGACUUGAGCCUUGCUGAAAGGAUCAUUUCGCACAUUCGCUCUUCACAGAGUCUCGACAUCAUGUGCCAGAUCCCGAUCUUCUGCUGGAUUUCUGCCGUAUUAUUUCAGGAGAUCUUUGGGGAAGACGAGAAAGCUGAAACUCCUCAAACUCUUACAGAGAUGAUGGCACAUUUCCUGUUCUCUCAGACAAAACGCAGAAGCAGAAAAUAUGGCAACAAGACUGAGAAAAACAAAGAGAGACUUCUGAAGACACACAAAGAAUUUCUUCUGAAACUCGGCAAGCUUGCAUUUAUCCAUCUGCAGAAGAACAACCUUAUCUUCUAUGAUGAAGACCUGGAAGACUGUGGGAUUGACACAAAAGAAGCAUCUAUCUACUCUGGAUUUUGUACCGCAGUUCUCAGGGAAGAAGAAGCCUUUUCUCAGAAAAAGGUCUUUUUCUUUGUACACCUGACCAUACAGGAGUUCUUUGCAGCUCUUUUUGUCUAUGACUGUUUCACAAGCAAGAAUACAAAAGAGCUCGGCCACUUCCUCGAUCUGAAGGACAAAGAACAUACUUUACUUGAUCUUCUAAAGAUGACAGUUGACAAAGUGUUGGAGAAGCAGAACGGCCACCUGGACUUCUUCCUGCGAUUCCUCCUUGGCCUCAUGGUUGAACCCAACCGUAGAGUCCUUCAGGGUCUGCUGACAUCACCAGACCCAGGCCAAGAUACCGACAAGAAAAUCUUGACUCACCUCAAAGCCAUCCGAAGGAAGGCCCUCCCUCCAGACAGUUGCAUCAGCCUCUUCCAGAACAUGGUCGAGAUGAGAGAUCACAAAGUCAAAGAUGAGAUUCAGGAAUAUCUCAAAUUGUCAGAUCGUUCCAAAACAGAACUGACCCCCCUGCACUGCUCUGCGCUGGUCUACAUGCUGCAGGUAUCGAAGAAUGAUCUGGAUGUGUUGGACUUGAAGAGUUACAACACAUCAGAGGAAGGCAGAAGGAGGCUGAUACCAGCUGUGAGGAGCAGCAGAAAGGCUGUACUAGCAGACUGCAAAGUGACUGAAGAGUGGAUUGAGCACCUGGCCUUUGGUCUCAAGUUCCCCUACUUACCUCUAAGAGAUCUGGAUCUGAGCAACAAUGACCUGAAAGAUUCAGGAGUAAAGCUGCUCUGUGGUGGACUGUCGAGUCAAUGGUGCAGACUCGAAACGCUGAGGCUGUCAGGUUGUCUGGUCACAGAGGAAGGCUGUGCUUGUCUGGCCUCGGCUCUACAGUCCAACCCCUCCUAUCUGAGAGAGCUGGAUCUGAGCUACAACAAUCCAGGAGAGUCGGGAGAGAAGCUGCUCUCAGAGCUGAGGGAUGAUCCACAAUACAAGCUCAGCAUACUCAAUGUUGAACAUGGUGGAAGUCACCGGAUGAAACCGGGAUUCAAGAAAUAUGCCUGUGAGCUCACUUUGGACCCCAACACAGCCCACAAGAACCUCCUUCUCUCUGAAGGGAACAGAAAGGUGACCUGGGUGGAGGAGGAGCAGCCAUAUCCCGAUCACCUAGAAAGGUUCGAUCACUGCCAACAGGUGUUGUGUGAACAGGGUCUAACAGAGCGCUGCUACUGGGAGGUCGAGGUGUUCCGACCCUUCAACAUUGGAUUAACGUACAGAACCAUUGGCAGGAAAAGGGAUGUGAAUGAUUGCAAGCUGGGUUGCAACGAAAAGUCUUGGUGUCUGAUUUGCUCUAAUGUUGGUUGUUAUGUUCUGCACAACAACACGAAUGUCAAUGUAUCUUCCUUCAGCUCGCGCUCCAGUCGGCUGGGAGUGUAUCUGGAUUGGCCGGCUGGCACUCUGUCCUUCUACAGAGUUUCCUCCGACAGUUGCACCCGCCUCCAUACCUUCAAAACAACGUUCAAUGAGCCCCUCUAUCCUGCUUUUGAACUUCACUCUCAGUCCUCUGCAUUAUUUUAUCAGCAGACAUAAACAAACUUUCACUGCAUUCACACGAGCAACCAAGGGCGUAGCUUUGCAUGUGCACGGUUGGGACAUGUCUCAUACGAUCAAGGGACUACUGAAUUGUUCUUACCAAUAUUUUUAGCAAUCUAGACUGAUGUCGAUUUAGAAAACAAACAGGGUAAACCGUUCCUAUCCGUAAGUAUCAGGUCUAAGCAGAGUUGCCAGGUUUGUGUCUGUAAUGAGUCGGGUAUUUUUUCUAUAAGAGAAAUAUGGAUGGAGAAAGAGACAGGGAACGAGAUAUAAAGAGGACCGACACACCAGCUUUCUGUAAGCUGUGUGAGUACAACGGGGAGUUUGAAGCAGUUUGCAUGUAUGUCUGUUUGAGUAGCUAAAGAGUACUGAGAGUAGCUAAAGACGGCUCAAAAAGGUACUAGAUUGUGUCACGUGUCAAUUUGCACAUUCACGAUGUCAUAACCAUCAUGAAACAUCGUAUCCGUUUCUCUUAAAGCUGCAGUGAAAUGGAAGUUAGCGCGUCUUUAGCUUCAGGAAUAUGACAUAUUUCUGAGUGAAACGGCAUAUGUUGGUGGUUUUUUUAUGAGGGAUUUAAGUCAAAUCCUACAGAUUUCAGGAGAGGAGGAUACCGGUUAAAUAAAUAAAUCCUUUCGGCCAGACACACACGUCUUACUAAGAUAAUGCUCUGCUAGCUACCCACGAGCUAAGUGUGGUUUAGUAUGAUGGGAGUGGUAAGCUAGCACCUCAAAUCAGAUUUGAUAAGUUUAUGCAACCACCCCGUAAGUUUAAGAUGAGUUUUUAUGUUUUACAGUAAGAGAAAAGAGAGAGACUUUGAUAUGAAAAUACAAAAAAUAUUUUUUUCACAUAUAUUUAGUAUGUAACAAGAGAUACAUGAUUAAUUAACACAGGGACACCGUUUAUAGAUAGGUAAUUCUCUUGAAACAGUGUAAGUUUAGCACUGUUAAAUGUUCACCUCAGUUUCAGAUAGUAUCACUAAAAUAAAAUGUAAAAUAUAAAUCGAUAAUCAAAAGAAAAAAUCCAUUAAAACUAAUAAAAUAAGAUAAUACAAUGAUGGAAACGUGUUUGUGAAAGAGAGGAAGUGAAUACAAACACAUGACAAACAUGUCCCAACCAAUCGUAAAACCAAACCUACACCACUCCAGAAAUCUGCUGUUCCUAUUUUUAGUUUCCUUUUUUUUUAACCCUAUGCUAUAAUUUCCCAUUAAAAAGUCUAAACUCACAGAUGUAUUUCCACAGUCAGAAUCUCCUGCUGUCUGCUUUACUGAGGAAGAUUGAAGUCAUAGAUUUGACCAAUAACUGAAUGACCAAUAACUUUUAUGUGUGCAGGUUUGCAACGGGUUGACCACCGUUUGGCUUUUGAUUAAGUUUCAGUUGUUCGUGUUUGAAAAGUUUUCCUAUUCAACUUUUAGCUGUACAGGUUUGACCAACUUGUUUCUAAUGGAACAGAUUUAUCCAAAUAACUUUCAGCUGUGAUUAUUAGUGUUUUGGUGUUGUAAACAGCUGAUAGUUAUUCAGUUUAUUGCAGGUAUUGUAUGACUGUGUAGACAAGCAGAUCAGUAUAGAUGAGCAGUUUACUUGUUUUCAUGGUUUAAAGUCUAGGGCUGUAAAUAUGGAAGGUCUUUUUAAUUGUUUCAGUUAAGUUAGCAGCUGUACCUUAUGGUAUUUUGAGAGAAUUUUGAUGCUUCGGUAUAUUUAGCCGUAUUAAUUUGCUAGAUCGCUCUGGCUGGUCCUUCUCGAUGGGAAAACGAGGAGCCACAUUUCAUGUUGCGCCUAGUGUUACAGGGCCAGAUACAGGCAGAUACAUCUGUGUUUAGACUCUAUAUCAAUGACACCGGGAAAUAUAAAGAAAACUUUACUUGUGUUAUCUUUUAUGUUUGAAAAAAAGCAAAUAAUACAUUAAGGACUAAAGCUGCUCUUUCCUUCGUCUAUUCUUUCAAAAUUCUCUACACUAUCAACAUGCAAGUCGCUCAUAUAUUUUUUUAUUUUCACUUGUAACUCUGCCAACCCAGUGGCAGAAAUUGCUUGCUACAUUUAACUCUAAUCACGCCAUCUUUCUUUGUCUUUGUAUCUAUCAUGCAAUGAAUAUUGAGAAUGCAACUGAAUUAUGGAUGGGUUAACAAAACACGCGACACAGAAGACCACUCUUCGUUUCUCAUUUCCUACCAAGAGUCAGUGUUGGGUUCUUUUAACCCUCGCCGCAGUUGUUGCCAAACCUUAUCGAGGUGGUUAUUCUUUUAAACAUUACGACCAAAAUACCAACUGGCUUUUGUGCUUAAACCCAACCAAACAUUAACCACAGUGGUGGCAGAUCAGGAAAUGAUCAUAUGAGUCAUUUUUGUGACAGUGACGUUUGGGAAGGCGCCGACAAACAAUGUCGUCCCGCCAAUCAGACAAUACUGGGUCAUUUUUAAAGGCAAUGAGAAACAAUUCAUUUCAUGUUUAGUUUUUGAGGAUUUGUCAUGUCUGUAUACAUCUGUAUAAAUAGCUGACUGUCUUCUUAAAGCUUAAGAAAAUAGCGCAGUACUCUACUUUGAAUUCAAAUGUAUUAAAAUAGAAAAUAGAAAAACGUAUUAUGUUAUCAGCCACUAAUAAUGUUAUUUGCAGCUUUAACUGAAAUAUAUUGGUAUCAGUAUCAGCCUCCAUGUCUGUUGAGCUGUAUUAGCGUUGACUUUAUGCAGCAGCAUCAUGUAUUUUAAGUUGUGUGCCUUGUACUUGCUGAAUAUUGUAGGUUUGUGUCGUGUUUGUUAAAGUUGUUUUAAUUUUGGCAGCAGACUGCACAUGUCAGUCUGUCAGUCCACCACUUUUGUCCAGACAAACAACCACUGGAUGGAAUCCCAUCAUCAUGUCAACAUUUCAAUUCAUCCAACACUUUGGUUUAUGACUGAAUACCUUUUGAAACUAAUGACAUUCCCAUCAGCUGCAGAUGCCCUCUGUGUUUAGUGCUAAUUUGCAAACGCUAAACCAAGAUGGUGAACAUUGUCCUGCUAAACAUCAGCAUGGCAACUUUCUCACAAUGCUGAUGUUAGCAUUCAGCUCAAAGCACUGCUGCGUCUAAGUACAGUGUAAAGUACAAAUAAGAAAAAGAACAUUUUAUAUCUGAAAACUGCGUAUAUGCAUCUCCUAAAGUUACGGCUCACAGCUCCGUUUAAAGAUAAAUAUCAGGGGAGCCCUGGUAGCCUGGGGGUUAAGGCGGAGUACCACAUAACGGCCGGGGGACGUUUGUUUCACGUCUCUCUCUACUGCCUGUCAAAUAAAGUUUAACUGGCCAAAAAUAAUCUUUAAAAGAAACACAGUGGUAACAGCAUCAGAUUUCAACAGUUCAUGUCAGCUGAUCUGCAUUAGCUUUGACUUUGUAUUGUGUUUAAAUUGUGUGCAUACAGAAGUGUGUGUCCUUAAUUCUGUAGGUUUGUGUUGUGUAUGUAGAAGUUGUUCCAACCAUUGUAGGGGACUGUGUUACCUGUUUUUAAUUGUGUUUAUGUCCAACCAUUUUUAUCAUUUCGAGUUUGCACUUCAAAGACGGUUUAUAUCACAGUUUUAAGCACCUUGUAAAAUUCCUAAAUACUGCGUCACUGUGACGAUAAAAUAUUAUGUGGCAGAGAAAUAGAAGCUUUUCCAAAUGAAUUUAAAAAAACUCUGGAUUUGGGUAUUUCAGAUUUUCCGUGUUAAAAAUGAUAAAUACAUGUGUCGAUUAUUCAUAUACAGUAUAUUCAUAUUUGCUGCUUACAUGUCACGUGUUUUACCUUUAUGUUGACAUGUUUCUGUUUCAAUGUUUGAUGUAAUCAGUGUUUCCAUGUAAACUAUUAAUACAAAUGAAGAUGUUUACUUUUCA